CACAACUUAGACAUACUUCGCAAAUUCUUUGAUUCUAAGAGAUAGAUAUGGCCAAUUCUCUUAUAUAGCGGAACGAAGAUGGUGAAAAAAAAUAAAAAAGACAAAAGACAAAAGAAGAAGAAGAAGACUGUGACUAAUCUGAAAAGGCAGAAAAUAAUUCUAUUACUACUACUAGUAGUAGUACAACAUAAGAUGAUGAGUAUAAAUUUCACCAUUUUCCUUUUCAAAAAGUUUGAGAACUGUUCAAUCAUCACUCAUCUCUCUAUCAGAAAGACUUUCUCCCUCAUCACAAAAACCAUCUUAUUUGGCCAUCUUCUACUCUCUUCCUUUCUCUCUCUCUCAAAAGGCAGCAAGUCAAGGUUCUCUCCAAGGAGAAAAGAAAAGCCUACUUACAAAACAACCUCUAAUUUUUUUUUUUUUUUCUUUUUUGAUUCCACCAUGACUGAUCCUUACUCAAGUUUCUACAAUCAUCACCAAUGGUUCAAACUCAACAACACCACCAACAACAACAACCCUUUUCACCAUUUCCAUUCCUCAAACUCCUCAAUAAUCCAUCAUCAUAAUCAUCAUCUUCAUCAGCCUCAAAAUAAUAACUACAUCCAAACCUUUUAUCCUUCUUCUAACAACAUUUCCAACAUAAUCAACAACAGUAGUUGCUCUUUCUUAAAUUUCAGCAGCAGCCCUCCUCAAUCACCUCCUCUGAAAGAAGUUCUUCCUCUCCUAAGCUGCUUAAAUAGUCCUCCUAGAAGACAUGGUGAAAAUGAAGAAGAAGAAGCAGCAGCAGCACAGCAAAAAGAUAAGCCCUUUAUUGAUAUAGAGCUGAUGAUGAAGACAAGUGGUUCUAGUAGUAGUAGCAGUACUAAUAAAUCCAAGGAAAAUCCGGAAGAUAACCAAACCCUUUUGUCUGCUGAAUCUGCUGAUGCUGAAAAUGUUACAGUUGCACUUCAUAUUGGACUACCAAACCCUAGUCCUGCUGAUCUGGCUUCUGUACUCAAGUAUUCCUCUUCUUCUUCUUCAGCUGAAAUCAUAACUACCAAUAACAAUAAUGAUAAAGAUGAUGAUCAAGAAGAUGCUUGUGGAGCUGGAUACCCAAUCAUGAUGAACAGACUCAACAAAGGGCAGUAUUGGAUCCCUACUCCUUCUCAGAUUCUAAUUGGUCCUACUCAGUUUUCAUGUCCAGUUUGCUACAAAACUUUCAACAGAUACAAUAACAUGCAAAUGCAUAUGUGGGGGCAUGGAUCACAAUACAGAAAAGGGCCUGAAUCCUUAAGAGGAACACAGCCAACAGGAAUGCUAAGGCUUCCUUGUUACUGCUGUUCUCCUGGUUGCAGAAACAACAUUGAUCAUCCAAGAGCAAAGCCAUUGAAAGAUUUCAGAACCCUUCAAACACAUUACAAGAGGAAACAUGGGAUCAAGCCCUUCAUGUGUAGGAAAUGUGGCAAGGCAUUUGCUGUGAGAGGUGAUUGGAGGACUCAUGAGAAGAACUGUGGGAAGCUGUGGUACUGCAUUUGUGGUUCUGACUUCAAGCACAAGAGGUCACUUAAAGAUCACAUUAAAGCUUUCGGUAAUGGUCAUGGUUCUUAUGGUGUCAACAGCUUUGAUGAAGAUGAUGAUCCUGCUUCUGAAGUUGAACAAGAUGAUGAUGAUGGUACUAAUAACCAAUCUAUUAUGCAUUCAUGAUCAAAUCAAUGCAGUUCAAGUAGUUAGGAUUCUACUCUUUCCGUCCCACAAAAAUUAACUAUCAAUCUUAAUUUGUUAAAUUAGAAAUAGUUUAACAAAAUGUUAUUGUUUUUCUGGGACGGAAAGAGUAUGUUUUUCUGAUAUAAUUAAAUGGCUUCUGAAAUGUUGUAUCUCAAUUCUCGGAACUACUUAGUAUUAUUAAUUCCUUCCAAGGUCUUGAAUAGGGAAUUUUACAUGUUUUUCUGUUCGAUAAUGGGCCUCUAUGUAAAGUCAUUUUGCUUUCAGUUAAGACUUUAACGGUGUUCUUCCUGAAUUGUCUUACAGGGCUACUAUAUAAUUAAUGAUAUGCUACAUAGUAUAGGCUCAUAUGUGUAUUUUGACCAAUAAAUUAAAUUCUAGUGUAGCAUAU